AUGUACUACUGCAACCCUCCACCAACACAUCAAGGGGCAACCACCAACACACCAAGGGGCAACCACCAACACACCAAGGGGCAACCACGAAAACACCAAGAGGCAACCACCAACACAUCAAGGGGCAACCACCAACACACCAAGAGGCAACCGCCAACACAUCAAGGGGCAACCACCAACACAUCAAGGGGCAACCGCCAACACACCAAGAGGCAACCACCAAAACACCAAGGGGCAACCACCAACACAUCAAGGGGCAACCGCCAACACACCAAGAGGCAACCACCAACACAUCAAGGGGCAACCACCAACACACCAAGAGGCAACCGCCAACACAUCAAGGGGCAACCACCAACACAUCAAGAGGCAACCUCCAACACAUCAAGGGGCAACCACCAACACAUCAAGGGGGCAACCACCAAGGGGCACACCAACACACCAAGGGGCAACCACCAACACACCAAGGGGCAACCACCAACACAUCAAGAGGCAACCUCCAACACAUCAAGGGGCAACCACCAACACAUCAAGGGGGCAACCACCAAGGGGCACACCAACACACCAAGGGGCAACCACCAACACACCAAGGGGCAACCACCAACACAUCAAGAGGCAACCUCCAACACAUCAAGGGGCAACCACCAACACAUCAAGGGGGCAACCACCAAGGGGCACACCAACACACCAAGGGGCAACCACCAACACACCAAGGGGCAACCACCAACACAUCAAGAGGCAACCUCCAACACAUCAAGGGGCAACCACCAACACAUCAAGGGGGCAACCACCAAGGGGCACACCAACACACCAAGGGGCAACCACCAACACACCAAGGGGCAACCACCAACACAUCAAGAGGCAACCUCCAACACAUCAAGGGGCAACCACCAACACAUCAAGGGGGCAACCACCAAGGGGCACACCAACACACCAAGGGGCAACCACCAACACACCAAGGGGCAACCACCAACACAUCAAGAGGCAACCGCCAACACAUCAAGGGGCAACCACCAACACAUCAAGGGGGCAACCACCAACACACCAAAGGGCAACCACCAACACACCAAAGGGCAACCCACCAAGGGGCACACCAACACACCAAGGGGCAACCACCAACACAUCAAGAGGCAACCGCCAACACAUCAAGAGGCAACCGCCAACACAUCAAGGGGCAACCACCAACACAUCAAGAGGCAACCGCCAACACAUCAAGAGGCAACCGCCAACACAUCAAGAGGCAACCGCCAACACAUCAAGAGGCAACCGCCAACACAUCAAGAGGCAACCGCCAACACAUCAAGAGGCAACCACCAACACACCAAGGGGCAACCACCAACACACCAAGGGGCAACCACCAACACACCAAGGGGCGGCCUCCCUCCUCCAUCAUAUAAUAUCAUCUUGUAUGUACUCUCGUCUUGUUACAUUACAAUCUCCCUCAUGAUAUUCAUCUCCGGGACACACAGAGGGGCCCGCAGACCCGGCGCGGGUUGUUAG